UAAACUGUUGAGAGAAUCCAACGUUUCCUGAUUUCCUUCUUGUUCAAACUUGCAACCACUUUUAGCCCAAGCCCACAUCAUCAUUUUUAGUUCUACCAAUCUCAGACCAAUUAAAAAUUUCCGUCGAAGCUCCGGUUAGCGGCGGCACGUGUUCGUCUCCUAGCUCAAGUUACGUCAUCUGUAGCUGAUCCCCGUGGUGUUGAAUUUUCAAUUCCCGGGAAUUCCUUUUUCUUCGGAUUUGCCGGAUUUUGCUUAUUUUUGGGGGGGUCUAAGCACAGAGCUUCCAAGAUUUAAUUAAUGGCGGUUUCCAAGUCUUGGUCGAGCAAACAACAAGACAACUACGAUCAAGAAAAUCGCAAGAAGUCGGAGCCGUUGAUUCCAGGGCUACCGGACGAGAUCGCAGAGCUUUGUCUUCUUCACCUUCCAUAUCCAUACCAAUCGUUGGUACGUGCAGUGUCUUCCUCGUGGAACAGAGCCAUAACAGACCCCGCCUUCCUUAUCUCCAAGAGAUCCUUAUCACUUUCGCUGCCUUAUCUGUUCGUUUUCGCUUUCCAUAAAUCGACGGCGAGGAUGCUAUGGCAAGCUUUCGACCUGCGAUCAGGCCGUUGGUUUAGAUUACCUUCCAUGCCCUGUCCCAAGGCUGUGUGCCCACCAGGGUUUGCUUGUACUUCGAUUCCGCGGCAAGGCCAGCUCUACGUUUUGGGUGGUAUGCGCUCGGACACAGAAACUUCCAUGCAGACGACAAUCAUCUACACUACAUCCACAAAUCAGUGGUCCAUAGCAUCUCCAAUGAUGGCCCCACGAUCAUUUUUUGCUGCGGGGAGUGUUAAUGGUAAGAUCAUAGCCGUCGGAGCAAGUGGGGCUGGGUAUAAUGAUUCCAUCACCUCCGUGGAAUGCUAUGAUCCAGAAAACGACACGUGGGAAUCCGUCGCUAAAAUGCGGAUAGGAUUGGGCAGGUACGAUUCGGCUGUGAUAGGGAGCAAGAUGUACGUGACCGAGGGGUGGACGUGGCCUUUCCUGUUCUCGCCAAGGGGCGGUGUCUACGACCAGGAGAACGACACGUGGCAGGAAAUGAAGGACGGGAUGAAGGAAGGCUGGACCGGGGUGAGCGUGGUUCUGGGUGACAGGCUGUUCGUCAUUUCGGAACACGGUGACUGCCCUAUGAAGGUGUACGUCCCUGAUCACGACGCGUGGCAGUACGUGGGUGGUGAAAGAUUCCCACGUGAGGCAAUGCAGAGGCCCUUCGCUGUGAGUGGGGUGGAUGGGAAAAUCUACGUUGUCUCUAGUGGGCUAAACGUGGCGAUAGGCAGGGUAUUCGAGGGACAAAACGGGGACUUUUCUGCCCAGUGGGAGGUCGUGGCUGCCCCAAACGCUUUUCACGACUUUUCUCCUUCAAGUUGUCAAGUGCUUUAUGCCUGAGUCUCUUGUCUUUCAUACUAACUAGAACUAGUUUAUAGUAGUUUAUCAUUAUGAUUGUAAGACCAGGGUGGAGUUUUAUACUUUAAUGUGAUCUUUUUUCUGUGUAAAUUUUGUAGUGUUGUUUGUUCUGCUAGGCAAUUUUUCCAAAUUUUAUAUUGAGCACUACCUCAAUGCCUACUUUGUGAAUUCAUGUAGGAAGAUGAUUCACAGCUGGUUUAUCUUUUUAUGCAGAGUGACAGAUUGGUAGUGUUA